CAAAUCUAAUUCAGAAAAUCUAAUUCAGAAAUUAAGAAGAGAAGAAUUAUAGAUCAAAACUAUGAAAAAAGUGUUCUCCAUUUUGCUAUUUUUAGUACUUUACUCAUCAACAUAUCUAGCAGAAGGCAAAAACCUAAACCAAAUUCCAAAAGGAGUUGCACCAAACUGGCCAUGGCAUUCAUUAUCUUGGCAUCAUCACCGGAGACUGACUGUGCCGAUCCCAAUGGACGGUCCACCUCAACCAUCUCCGCCAGGCCCCGGCGACAAGCCGUCUCCAUCUCCGAUUUUGAAGUGCUUAAAAGAAGUUCAUAUUGAACGGGGAUGUUACCGCCAGAUUUUGGAUUCUUUUAUCACGCAUAAACUGAAUCUGGGACCGGAUUGCUGCAAGGUUGUUUCAGAAAUAGACGAUGAUUGUGUAGGAACUGUUUUUGGUAGGUUUAAUAAUUAUUUCUUUGCUAAGCUUUUGAAAAAACAUUGUUCUGAUGAAGGUGGUCAUUAGAAUUUUUAGGGUUAUGAAAUCAUUUUGUUUCUGCUCAUUAGGUUUAGUUCUUUGUUUUUAGUUUUUAUUGUUGGCACUGUCAUUUCUUUGUAGCACCCUACCUGAGUACCAGGUUCUGUUGAGAUAAAUAAAAGACUUUGCUUUU